AUGGAUUGCCAUCUUUCCUCUACAUCAACUCUUCCAUGGAUCUGGAUUGUUGAGACACUAGCAAGCUGUAAUCAAGUUGAUGAAUCUAUUUUAUAUGAAUUGGUUAAGAAGACCCCAGAAAUAUCUAGUGAUCUUGGGAAAAAUGCAAGAGAGUUUGUCUCCUUGAGAAUCAUAGAGAGAUUGUUUGUCAUUGGAGCUCAAAAUGCAAAUCCUGUAUCUUCGUCUUCAAGUCCUAAAAUUGGAUUUGACCCAUCAGAGAGUUGUGAAGCUGUCCUGGAACGCAUAUCACGUGAGACAUCUGUACAAAAUCUGAUAGAAUAUGGACUCGACACAUUGAAAUGGGAUAUUCAGCCCUUCAUAGCACACAAAAGAUCCAACUCGCCUAAAUGCACUUUACAGCAGCUGAAGAGUGCAAUUCUUACAGGAGGCCAUCCUCUUCUUUCAUCCUUAAAAGAACACAGUGGUUUGGCAGUUACAAAUCAGCCUGAACAUAGACUUUCAGUGGAUGAUGGUGAUACCAACCAUGUUGCAGCUACACUUGAAGAGAGCAACACGAAUACUCUAAAUGUUGCAGCAAAUGGUCACUUAAUUUCUCCCAUCCCUGCCAAUAGGGAUGUCCUCUUGAAGAGAAGUUUGCCUGAUGAUAACUUAUUAGUAGCUAAGCGGAGUAGGAGUGCCAUUACAGAAAUUGUGGAAGGUCUGUCCCAUGAAAAUGAAAUCACAUUGGGGAAUGAUUGUGAAACCCUUGUAAAAUCUGGCAAGAAGUUUAAGCAUGGUAUCAUCUAUCGUGAACAGGAUGGGGGUAUGAAUUUAGUAACUUCACAGGCAGGAAAAAAUAAUCCUCCUGGAGACUGCAAGAACCAGCAUCCUUCAUUGAAGGGGCUUGUUGAACAUGAUGAAGUUCUGCCUUGCGAACCUCAGGUUCUUCAUAGGGGCACUGAAUUGCCAAAGGACAAAUCAGGCAAGGUACAAGGCCAAGACAAUCAUCUUGAUGAAGUAAAAGCUGAUAAGGAAGGAAUUUGCGAGCUCAGCACAGAUAUAGGCACUUGCAAGGGUGGGAUUCAGCCAGAGAUUUGUAACGAUGAAGACCUGGAUGGAUACGAGCAUAGUUCUCAACGAAAAGCCUCUAAUGUUAUUGAAGCUGAAGAUAUAGACCACAAUCAAGAUGCUGAUAUGUCUUUUGAUAAUGAGGGGUAUAAUGAUGAGAAUGAUAUUGCCAUGAAGAAGAAUGCUUUCUUAAGCUCUCAGUGCACAUACAGCCAAGAUUCCUUGGCAACAACUGAUUGGAGAGAUCUAAAUCUGUGCACAACAUGCAAAAAGNUCCUUGGCAACAUGCAAAAAGGGUGGACCUUUAUUGGCCUGUAG